CCACCCCUUUUGAAAAAUCCUUGAUCCGCCACUGUCAGUGACUGACUCCACACAAAUUUUAAUGCCCCCACUGGUAUUUUGGAAAAUUAUUCCUAUUAUGCUGUAUGCAAUUGAUAGAAACCUCCCUGAUUUUUGAAUAAAUACUCCCCGAAAGCUAAAUGUAAAGGUUUGCAUAUUAUUUGUCUCAUGCACAGCGCUCACGCCGUGCAAUCUAUGCUAAGCCACAGUCUUAUUAUUCUUCAUCCACAGCAGUUUCAUUUUAAUGAAUGUGUGGUGAAUGUGGUGAACCAAUGGAACAUGGAAGAAUGUAGAUAUACUUUGAAACACUGUUCAUUAAAUGUUUGGGACACUGUAAGAUUAUGUUAAUCGUUGACGUUAGAACAUGUUUCAGUUAGAGUUAGCUGAAUUUGGAUUCAUUGGAAACCUGUUGGAAACCUCAAGACACGAGCAAAUAUAAAGAUUACAUUUAGAUUAAACGAUAAUGGCGGACAGGAGCAGAAAUAGCGAGGAAAGACAACUAAAAACGAUCAGCCGAACGGUGUUUGGUGAUGCCGUGGACGAUCCAGAUGUCGUCAAAGAGGACGAUCAACGAAAUGGAACAGCCGAAGGACAACCUCUGGUGGAAAGGACUCCGUCAAAUGACUCGCCCGAAGUCGGUAAUAACAAUGGCAUACAGGGACCAUCUGAAUCUGGAACGGAUGAUACAGCAUCAUCAGGAGAUGUGAACCCUCUUGUUGAUACCAGAGUCAAAUUCAAUGUGAUGGCCAUCUUCUUCAUACAGGGUAUAGGAACGCUUUACCCGUGGAAUAGUUUUCUCACGGUGGAAUGGUUUUUCACAGAUUACAAAUUUGCGAAUGUCAGCGACAGCACGGAAUACAAGGAUAAAUUCAACCUCUAUAUCACAUUCGGCAACUUUGCUGUGUACGUCUUGUUUUUAUUCAUCGCUCUCUUCUUUGCAGGGAGUCGUUCUAAAUUGCAGUGUUUCGUUUGCCUGGUGUUGCAGUUGUUCCUCUUUAUCUUCACGACAAUAUUGGCAGCCGUCGACUCGUCUCAAUGGCCUGGAGCAUUCUUUGGAGUCACUAUGGUCAUUGUGGUGUUAUUCAGCGCUGGGUCCGCUGUGUACCAAUCCGGCAUGUACUCCCUCGCAGCCAAAAUCCCGGGCAGUUACAGCAUCGACAGUUAUAUUGCUGGGCAGGGCUGUGGUGGGACAUUUGUGGCGGUAUUUACAAUCAUAUCGACUAGAGUCACAGACUCACUUCGAGGGUUGGCGAUCAUGCACUUCAGCAUAGCCAGUGUCGUUCUGUUGGUCUGCACAAUCACAUACCGUCUGCUCUUUAAGCUGGACUAUGUCAGAUCGGCAUUACCCCGUGGGGAUGACCAAGCCAAGGCCUGGGAUUUCAGUAGGAAAAAUCUUCGAAAUUUGUGGAAAAUCGUUAAGAUUGCCAAGUGGCAGAUCUUCAAUAUCGGGAUGACGUUCUUCGUGACCUUGCAGCUUUACCCGGAAGUACUGGGUAACAUCCAAUCUUCAAACAUCCCAAAGACAUCACCAAACUUCCGGGAGAAAUACUUUAUCCUGCUUGUCUGCUUCCUCACCUUCAACUCUUGUGACUUUAUUGGAAGUGUCCUGGCUGGGGUGCAAAAACGGAGAUUCCCUCGAAUGACAUGCAUCGCCGUUAUCAUCCGUGUCAUUUUCAUCUUGUUCAUCUUCUGCAACUAUCGCCCUGAUCAACGAACUCUACCCGUUUGGCUGAAAAAUGACAUCGCGUAUGCCUUUUUUGUUGUGGUCUUCUCUCUGUCCAAUGGCUACCUGAAAACUAUUAUUGUCGACGACGGGAUAAACUCUGUAUCCGAUCGAGCAUUGAAGAGCAAGGCGGCAUCAGUGAUGUUAUUUUUCUUGGUCUUGGGGAUCUUUUUAGGUGUUGCGUUCUCACGAGUGUACCCCAUGGUAGUGAAUAUUCCACAGAUGGCUCCAAACGCAAACGUGACAAUGCAGUAGCAAAUUUAGAUAUUAAUGUAUAGUUAUAACGAUAACAAGUCAUGUAUUUUUUUUUUCCAGAAGGUUCGUAUAAUUCGGAAUUUUUUUCCUUCUUAAAGUUCGUAAUUUUGAUGGUUCAUAAUUCAGCAUAUAGAACAGGGUUCAUACUUCCGAAAAUGAAAUAGAUCCCUGAAUCCUUUUUUAGAAUUAUAAAACUUUGGAAUAAUCAAAUAACGGAUAAAUAAACUUUGGGGAAAAAACUAUGGUAACCCGCGUUGUGACCACUGGGACCUUUAAAUAGUUCCCUCCCAUAAUGUAUACGUUACCUAUUAUAAUUUACAUAUAAUACUAAAAGGAAACAAGAGUUGCCAGAGCUGUUGUAUAGGUUAUUUUCUCACACAAUAUGACUGGAACAAACAUUUUGUAUUACAACGCCUAACGUCUUGUUAUUCUUAUCGUCUAACAUUGAUGAUUCUAUGAAAGAUCGGUUGAAAUCUAAUAACCUGAAAUUAAGAGAUAAUCAUACAUUUUGCAAUAUACAAUACAGUGAAUAUAAAU